AUGGAGAAGGGUUCAGAAAAAAGUGACGACGGAACGACAGGAAAUAAGCUCGUCGAAGCAACUGAACUUGCCAGAGAGUUCUGGACCAAAGGUGACCGUGUUGUGGCUUUGGAAUUAACCGAGAAGACGAUUUCUGAUCAUGGGAAACACGAAAAAUGCUUUGGACUCCACGAACUGCAAGGUGAUAUCUUCUUUAACCAAGCGAUGGAAACAGUUAACGCCGACGUCAAAUGCGUUUACUUGUUUGCCUCUGUCGAUGCGUAUUCAAUGGCUACUCUUCUCUCUCCUAACGCUCUAAGGUCCUUUCGUGGCUAUGCACGUUCCCUUAUCGAUUUGGGCGAUCAGCUUGGGAUGUACAAGUUUUAUGAGAAAGUGUCCAAAGCAAAGCCGGGAUUGUCCAUAAUGCGACCUCAAAGACAGUCUACAGAGAAAGACUAUUUUGGCAAGAUGAUGAAGAAACUUCAGAACUUGAUAGAUCUUGCAACAGAGAAGAUGCAUGCGACUGUGACUCUUCCUGAUACAGGUUCUAUGGCUAUUCAGAAACCGGAAAAGGGAGAUCCUAAUUCUUUGAAUAGAUUGAAGAACAUUUGGAAAGAACCGGGGAAGGAAGAUCGUUAUUCUUUUAAUAGAUUGAAGAACAUUUGGGCUAAGUUGGAUGACAAGACCAAAAGGGAGUUUUUGGUGGUAGACUUUGAAAAGCUUUUAGCUUAUAUACAGUAUAAGCACGGGACGGAACUAAAAGAACAGUUUCAGAAAUGUGUACCCAUGGCCAAUAAUCUUCAUUGGAGAUGUUGGAAGUGCCAGGUAAACUACUGUUUUACAGAUUGCAAGAUGCACAUCUUAGAUAACCAUGUGCACAGAUUUGAACCUGAAUCCAGUGCUAGUCCUAAGCAUGUGGAUGGGGUUUUGGCUGACAUGAUAUUCUAUGGGGAUUGGAAGCUUGUUGAUGCGGCUAAAGCAGCAAAUCUGUUCAAGGAUAGAAUUAAGAGCAAGGAAGAGUUUGUUUAUGUUAAUGGAUGGUGUAGUGAUUGGCCUGUGGCAGAGGAUGCAGAGCGAGAAAACAUACUCAAAGAGUUUGCUGAGGUUCUUAAAUCUUCUCUCCCCAAGGAGAAUCGUACUCUUUCAUCUACCCUUUGGGAGUGGUUGAUGGAUUACACAGAAGAGAAUCUGGAACUACCUGAAGUUCCUGGGUGGUAUCUUGCGAAAUAUAGCUUCUUUAAGAACCCGCAGUGCAUCUGCUUCUUAGAUAUUAAGCACCUUGAACACGUCCUCAAAUAUUUCAAACAGCUCACAACUGAUGUUCGCGCAAGUUUGGUUUCAAAAGUAGUGAAUCAGCUUUGGAAAAAUUGCCAGGUCAAGGAAAGAAUCAAUCUUGAGGGAGUAACUACUUAUAAUCUGCUUCUGGACAAGAGACUUCUGUAUGAAGAAGAGCUUGAAUUGGAUAAGAUAGGGACAGUAGAGCAUUAUAAAUCUAUAGGAAUUUAUGAUGAUGUGGUGCCUCAGGGUGAUAAGAUAGUGUCUUGGAUUCUUGAUUGCCCUGAAAUCGAUCGGGAAUUUGUGUCUCACAUGGCAAAGGGCCUACACAAUCGUGAGAUAUGGUUAGCAGUUUUGAGUAUAGUAAGAUGCAUGGUUAGUAAACAUGAAAGCUACUAUGAUAUGAAAUACAAGAUGCUAAACUAUGAGAAGAUGUUGGGUGAGGUUGAGACCCUUUGCGACAAAGAAGACAACCGGAAGAAUGCUAAUCAGGUGAGCACAUAUGAGUCUGCUGUUCGAAUGACAUGUAAAGAGCUUGUAGUAAAGCAAGAUGAUGAUAGCAAAUGUUUCUUGGCUGUUGUAAGAGAUAUUUUCGAAAGACAAAAAUCUCCAAGAAUUGAAGCACUAGAAGAUAUUGUGUGUAUACCCAAAUUCUAUACCGCUAUCGAAAAUGAUGAUGUUAAAGAAAGUCUGUUGAGACUAAAGAAAUCACUGAAAGUGGAGUUUGGUUUGAUUGACUCAAAGAUUUUGCUGAACGAAUAUGAGUACAAAAAGCUAAUAGAUGUAUUCCCAAAGCUAUCGGCAGUUGAGUAUCGCUUGGUGGUCCUUCCGUUUGUGAAGAAGUUCUUACAGGAUAAACUGAAGAAAAUGAUGAAAACAGAUAGGAGCAGUUCAGUUGAUGAUGGGGAUUCUGUUGAACGAGAACAUAAGAAGAGACAUCUUUCAUAA